AUGACUAUUGUUCGAAGUUCGGUUCGAAUGCAUUAUCUGUAUUUUGUGCCAGAAACUCAUAAAGAAAAUAUUCCAGUUCGAUCGAUCUUCGUCUGUAAUAAUGGGCCUACAAUAAACAUAGUCCGUUAUAUAACUCCACUUCUAUGGCCAAUCUUUGAUCGAGCAACUAAUUGCAGACGAUUUUCAAAUGGUGCUAUUGAUGUUAUCCAUGCUAUUGAACAUGAUGCUCAGAUGAGUCACUUUCAAUCUCCAAUUCAUUUUGUUACAUUCAAUUUGGAUGAUUUAACCAACAUUUUUCCUCAUGAUGAAAGCAUGACUGCCUUAAACUAUUUACUUCGAGAACAGUUACCAGAUCAGAGUAUAGCUGGUCUGACCAUUGAUACUAUCCUACAAUUAGUGCAGCUUGUUUUAACAACUCAAUUCUGUAUUUAUAAUGCUGCAAUGUAUCAACAAAUUCAUGGUGGUGCUUCUGGUUUACCAUUAACUAUGUUCUUGGCCUAUACUUAUUUAUUUUUUGGACAAUAUCGUGAACUAGUGAAAAAUUUCACAAAAAAGAAUGAAUUUUUUGGCAGCUAUACCAACAAAGGUACUCUCGAAAGUAAAGUUUAUUACGAUCCAAAUAUUGUUGAUACUUUACCAAAUGUAUCUGAUGAACUAAUGGAAAAUGCCACCAAACAAUUAUAUGCUGUUCUAUAUCGAGCCGUUCGAUGCUGUUCUGAUGUGGAAAAAUUCCAUAGUGAACUACUUUAUAUUCAGGUAUCAUUUGUGACAUUUGGUUUUACAUCAGAAUUUAUUCAUUCUGGCAUUCAACGUUUUUACCAACAAUUUAAUAUACUAGAAAAAUUUUGGAAUUUACGUUUGAAUGAUAAUGAAUAUGAUCAUUUACGUCGGUGUAUCAUAGAAGAUGUUGAACAACAAAUAGAAUUGAAGCAACAAUGUGAACAAGCAAAAGAACAUACAUUAUUUAUGCCAUGCCCACGUUUAAUGGAUGAACAAAGUACCGAUGCUUUCAAACAAUGUUUUGAAUAUUGGUGGAAUAAAUAUUAUGCUAAUGAAUCAUCACCAACAAACUUUAUUCAAAUCACAUGGAUCCCAUGUGUUCGAAUGCGAUCGAAUUGCGACGCAGUUACGCGUAACUGCGAUCGCACUGUGACUCGUAAUUGUGGCGCAGCUACGCGUAACUGCGAAUUUUUUACCGUAGCUGCGCGCAACUGCGAUAUUUUAUUCGCAGUUACGCGUAACUGCGUCGCAGUCGAUCGUAGUCGAACAUAUGAAUUUUUUUGCUGCGAUCAAUGCGCCGCAGUUACGCGCAGUUACGAUCAAAAUUUCGCAGUUACGCGCAAAUGCGACGCAGAAUUGGCUCUACGCGUAACUACGACGCAGUUGUUAAAAAAAUGACGACAUGGGAUAGAAUAAACACCAACUUCUUUGACAAAUAGUGAUAUUCUGAUCAAUAGACGACCACCUCUUCGUCUUUUAACUUUAUCAAAACAUCAUCAAAACAAAAAGAGUUCGUAUUGCUUGAUUUUUCUUCUUCUCUUUUCGUUAUUGAUUUAUCUCUUAUUGUUAUUUUUCUUUUCUAUAGGAUACCAUCCUAUGGAUCCAUUUUUAACCAAUAUUACUCGUCCAUACUACAAGGAUAAAUGAACAUUGUGCGUUUUUUGUACUUUACUCGUCGAAGUAGUUUAUUUAUAAUAGAAUAGCGGUAGUAUUGAAUAGAUGAUUUGAUAAAUACAAGCUUUUUUUGUUCUUUCAUAUUUUAUAAUAUAAUAAAAUAUUGAUUAGUUGUGCUUUAUUCUAGAAUAUAUUUCUAUUGAUAGACAUUUAUUCAAUAGGAGUACGAUGGCUGAUAAACAGCGAUAUUC